AAUUCAGUCUUUUUGAAAAAUUAAGACCAAAAUUUCGAGCGCUAAUGAGUGGCUGCCAAAGCCCAACGGCACUUCAAAUUUUCAGGUCUGCGAGCGCAGAGCUUCUUGUGAAAUUUUGUAAUAACCAGUGAAAUGCUCUCGUUAACGUGCCUCUCAUUGAAUACUAAUUUGUUUCUACAGCCUUCACUUCUCUCAUUUCAACCACUGCAAUCCUCAAGAACAAGAAGCAAUAGCCAUACAAGUCCAACAAAUUUCCAUUGCUUGUCUUGCAAGAACGAUACUAAUUCAGCCUCUACUUCCCAAUUUCGCUUCUCAUCCGCCAAUACUUCUGCCUUGAGGUUCCGGGGAAGCUCGGAUGACGACUUGUCGGAUACACAACCGGGAACUGAUUUCGUUAAUUCUGGUGUGCUUGCACUUUGGCUUCGGUCAUGUUGCAGAGCAAAAGACGUUAAGAGAGUACAUACAGUUGCUUUAAAGUGCUUGAGGAACUCGGUUACGUAUGUUAAUAACAAUUUGAUUGGUGCGUAUUUGUAUUUAGGGAAAGUAAUUGAAGCGCGAAAGGUGUUUGAUGGAAUGCCGGAGCGAAAUGUUGUUAGUUGGACCGCUAUGAUUAAUGGUUACGUUAGUUUUGGUUUAGAUGAUGAAGCCUUUUGUUUGUUUAGUGAUUUUAUAGCGAAUGGGGUCGUACCAAACAGCAGGACGCUUGUAUGUAUAUUCAAUUUAUGUAGUAAAAGACUAGAUUUUGAGUUAGGGAGGCAACUCCAUGCUCUUGUUGUGAAGAGUAAUUGGAGGAACUUAAUUCUAGAUAGUGCCGUUGUUUCUUUCUAUGCCCAAUGUGGCGAGUUGACAAGUGCAUGUUGUGCAUUUGAUCAGAUGGCGGUAAGGGAUGUGGUUUGUUGGACAACUAUGAUUGCUGCUUUCUCCCAACAAGGGCAUGAAGAGGAGGCUUUUGGGAUGUUCUCACAAAUGUUGGAUGAGGGAUUUUUGCCUAAUGAGUUUACAGCGUGUGCUGUUCUAAAGGCUUGCGGAGAAAAGAAAGCGUUGAGGUUUGGGGAACAGCUACAUGCUGCCAUAGUUAAAAAGAUGUAUAAAGAUGAUGUUUUUAUAGGGAGCUCCUUAGUGGAUAUGUAUGCAAAAUGUGGGGAGAUUUUAGAUUCUAGGAAAGUGUUUAAUAGAAUGAGGAAGAGAAAUACAGUUACGUGGACUUCCAUUAUAGCAGGGUAUGCUAGGAAAGGGCUUGGUGAGGAGGCGAUAAGUCUCUUUCAAGUGAUGAAACAACGGAGGGUAAUUUCUAAUAAUUUAACUGUUGUAAGCAUUCUCAGGGCUUGUGGCUCAAUCAGGGCCUUACUAACAGGGAGAGAAGUUCAUGCACAAAUUAUCAAGAAGGGGAUCCAAUCAAAUGAGUACAUAGGAAGCACUCUCGUGUGGUUCUACUGUAAAUGUGGGGACUUUCGUAUUGCUUCAAAAGUCCUUGAACAGAUGCCUCUCAGGAAUGUUGUCUCAUGGACUGCAAUGAUUUCUGGUUAUGCAGGUCUUGGGCAUGAGCCUGAGGCUCUUGAGUUCUUGAAAGAAAUGAUGGACGAAGGCGUGGAACCAAAUGCAUUUACUUAUUCAUCAGCUUUGAAAGCUUGUGCUAAUCUUGAAGAUAUUUUGCAAGGAAAAUUGAUACAUUCAUUUGCCAACAAGACUCCUGCCUCAACUAAUGUCUUUGUAGGCAGUGCAUUAAUUUAUAUGUAUUCCAAGUGCGGCUAUUUAUCAGAUGCAAUUCAAGUUUUUGACAGCAUGCCAGAGAGGAACUUGGUUUCUUGGAAAACAAUGAUUUUGAGUUAUGCAAGGAAUGGACUCUGCCAAGAGGCAUUGAAGCUCAUGUAUCGGAUGCAGGCAGAGGGUAUUGAGGUGGAUGAAUAUAUCUUUAAUUCAGUCAUGGGUGAAUGUGGAGAUGUUGAGUGGAAUAUUGAGAAGUCAUCAAACAAGUGUUUGUUGUCUUAGUUAAUCUGCAUUCCACUGAAACUGUCUAAGCUACAAAAAAUGCACGAAAUUGUGUUCAGCUGUCUAUAUUAGUAAUUCAUCCGCUGGCAUAAGAGACCCAGAUCUGAUAUUAUGUGAUCUACAAACCGUGCUAUAAUUGUGAAAGGUGUGAAUUAAGUCAGUAAGAAAAGAAGUGAAAAUGCCCCUCUUGAGACUGUAAUAGUCUUUCUUGUUCUAUUUAUUGAAACUAGUCAAUAAUUUCGAAGGGCUUCAAAGCACUUGACGCCAUGUAUUAUGUAAUCUCCAGUGGCGUUAUCUAAUAGAAAAGCUGUUAUUACCUUUAAA